UCAAUACCGAUUUUGUCCCUGAACAAUGCCUGUUGAAUACUCGGAACAGUCGGCAAAUGCCUAUGCCAGAUGGAAGGGCAAUGGCAAACCAGUCGCUCUCUGGCUAGACUGCGAUACAGGACACGAUGACGCUUUUGCAAUUCUGCUUUCUGCCCAAUGUCCGGCUUUGAGAUUACUCGGUAUCAGUACCGUUUAUGGCAAUGCACCUCUUGUCAAGACGACGAAGAAUACUAGGUCUAUUUUGAAGGCCAUUGGCAGGGAGGAUAUCCCUGUGUAUGCUGGGGCUAGUAAACCGUUUUGUCGUCCUGCUGCGUCUGCUCCAGAUAUCCAUGGCGAAUCUGGAUUGGAUGGUACUACUGUUCUGCCUGAGCCUGGAGCACCGGAGCGUACGGAUAUGUCCGCUGUGUUGGCUAUGUAUAAGGCUUUGAUUGCUGAGCCACCGAAGACUGCAUGGUUGGUUGCAACCGGUUGUCUUACAAACGCCGCAUUGUUGUUUAACACUUUUCCGGAUAUCGUUGACCAUAUCGCUGGACUGACCAUCAUGGGCGGCGCUGUUGGAGGCGGCUUUACGAAUGCACCCUUGGGCUCACUCGAGGGCGAAGGAGAACGUUUUGGUAAUUGGACCCCUUGGGCUGAAUUCAACAUCUACAUCGAUCCCGAGUCUGCCCAAUCUGUCUUCAGCAACCCUGUCCUCGCAGCGAAAACUACCAUCGCUCCUCUGGACUUGACACAUCAGAUGCUAGCAACACCCGCAAUCUGCCAAGAAUUGCUGUAUGGCUUCGACAAGGAAGUCGAUGGUUCAGAAGCGUCUGUCCUCCGCGUGCUCUUCAAUCAAAUCCUCACCUUCUUCGCAAAGACCUACGCCGAUAUCUUUGGACUGACAGAAGGACCUCCACUUCACGAUCCCCUCGCCGUAGCAAUGACCUUUGUCCCCGACCUCUUCGACGACAGAGGUGGAGAAAGAUUUGAUAUCAAGGUUAUCAUUGAUGGCGAACACGGUGUUGACGAGAUUGCUAGAACUACUUCGCAGUGUGGACGUACCGUCUUGACGCCGUUGAAGGCCGGUGAGCCUGGUGUGCGGGUACCAAGAGGGCUGGAUGCUGUUACCAUCUGGAGAAUGCUUGACUUGUGCUUGAAGCAGGCGGAGGGCGAGAAGCCGGAGACCAUGGCAAUGUCGGCUCUCUGGAGUGUUGCUGAUGAUGAGUAGUGUAAUUCGCGACUUUAAUAUAGAGGUAGUCUAGAUGUAAUAGAUCUGUGUGAUUGAGAUUCGACAUUGUGUUUUCCGCCUUGUGCUGAUUUAUAUUUCAUCCUUAGGCGCAUCUCCUCCAACAACUGCUUGAUGGCCUUUUUGAUACCAACUCCAGAUGUUCAGUCCAAUCUUGACCCCGCUGUGCACAGGCAUGCCAGCAUGAAGGCCUUGCUUCCACCCCUUGCCAUCGACAUCAAAGUU